AUGGUCCUGAUCGACAAGCAGGAGUACCUCACGCAGGAAGAGAAACGGCUGCAGGAGGAUCGGGAACGCACGCGGUACUGGAAGAAAUGGGGUCCUUAUGUGGCCGAGCGACAAUGGGCAACCGGUUGGUCUGACCUGAGCGCAGAUGUGCGCGAGGAUUACUCUGAGGACGGUGAUGCCUGGAGCUACUUUACCCACGACCAUGCGCGGUCGCGAGUCUUUCGCUGGGGUGAAGACGGUAUCGCUGGUGUCUCUGACACCCACGGCCUGCAGAACAUUGCUUUUUCAUUCUGGAACGGAGAAGAUGACUUCCUGAAGGAGCGUCUCUUUGGGUUGUCCAACCCUCAAGGUAAUCAUGGCGAGAGUAUCAAGGAGUGUCAUUUCCAUGUGGACAAUACUCCGACGCAUUCCUACAUGAAAUUCCUCUACAAAUACCCCCAGAAGAAGUUCCCCUACCAAGACCUGGUCGACGAAAACGCCAAGCGAACUCGCUUAGAACGCGAAUACCAAAUCCUGGACACCGGUGUCUUUGAGGAAAACCGAUACUGGGACAUUUUCAUCGAGACUGCCAAAGAAGCCGACGAUGAAGAGGAGCUCAUUUUCCGUGUGAUUGCAUACAACCGGGGUCCCGAGCCGGCCCCUCUGCAUAUCAUCCCCCACGUUUGGUUCCGAAACACCUGGUCCUGGGGCUAUGAGAAGGAGAAGGAGAAACCCGGUAUCAAGCAAGAAGGUGAACGUGUCGCGAAAUCUACCCAUCGCAAGCUCGGAGAUCGAUAUGCUUGCUUCGCUCCUUCGCCACCCAUUGGAGCUAGUGAGGAAGAUAUUCAACCACGAAUGCUGUUCACGGAGAACGAAACCAACAACCAAAAGCUGUGGGGCACUGAGAACGACCAGCCAUAUGUUAAGGACGCUUUCCAUCGGCAUAUCGUGGACGAAGAGAAGGAUGCCGUUAACCCUGCUAAUGAAGGCACCAAGUUUGGUGCUUGGUAUGCAUUCGACGAGGGCGAGGGUGUACCCCCAGGAGAAUGUGCCGUUGUCCGAUUCCGCUUCUCCCGGAAGAAGGUAGAGUUCGUGGACGAGGAGGUUCUGGACGACAUCAUUGAGCAACGCCGUGCCGAAGCGGAUGACUUUUACUACCGCAUCAGCCCCCUCCCCAUGAGCGAUGACCUGCGCAACAUUCAGCGACAGGCCUUUUCGGGAAUGAUGUGGUGCAAGCAGUAUUACAACUUUAUCUGGGAUCAAUGGAGUAAUGGUGACCCGGCUGAGAUCCCUCCUCCUGCUGGUCGAAAGGGCAUUCGGAAUGAACAAUGGCGGCAUCUGUACAUCGAUGACAUCUUGUCCAUGCCCGAUUCCUGGGAGUAUCCUUUCUUCGCCGCUUGGGAUACCGCAUUCCACUGUAUCCCAUUGGCAAUGAUCGAUCCCGACUUUGCAAAGAAGCAGCUGGAUCUCCUCACUCGUGAAUGGUACAUGCACCCCAACGGCCAACUACCAGCCUACGAGUGGAACUUUGGAGACGUCAACCCACCUGUGCAUGCCUGGGCCGUCUUCCGCACGUUCAAGAUCGAGCGUAAGAUGUACGGCCAGCAGGACCUGGAUUUCCUCGAGCGCGUCUUCCAGAAGCUCCUGCUGAACUUCACAUGGUGGGUGAACCGGAAGGAUUUUGAUGGCAAGAAUGUUUUCGAGGGAGGUUUCUUGGGGUUGGAUAAUAUCGGUUUGUUCAACCGGUCCGAGCCGUUGCCCACUGGUGGUGUUCUUGAGCAAGCGGACAGUACUGGUUGGAUGGCUUUCUACUGUCUGACCAUGUUGAAUAUUGCUUUGGAGCUUGCCAAGCACCGACGCACCUAUGAAGACAUUGCAUCCAAGUUCUUUGAACACUUCAUCCUUAUCAGUGAUGCUAUGACUUACCGCUCUGGUGAGGACAGCAUCAAGUCACUCUGGAAUGAGGAAGACAAUUUCUACUAUGAUGCCAUUUCCUAUGGCGGUCCCUGGACUCAACAACUGCCUAUCCGAUCGCUUGUCGGUCUGAUCCCGCUGUACGCUGUCCUCACUCUUGAGCCAGAGAUCAUCAAAAAGUUCCCCUCAUUCAAGCGACGACUCGACUGGUUCAUCGAGAACAAGUCUGAUGUUGUAGAGCGCAAUAUUGCCAGCAUGAAGACCCGCGGUAAAGAUAACCGCCUUCUGCUCUCGCUGGUCAGCAAGGACAGACUCGAGAAGAUCUUGAAACGCAUGCUCGACGAGACCGAAUUCUUGGCCAAGCAUGGCAUCCGAUCCAUGUCAAAGUAUCACGAGGAGAACCCAUACUCCAUGGACGUGAAUGGCCAGACUUUCAAGGUCGGCUACGUGCCAGGUGACUCGGACAGUGCUCUGUUUGGUGGCAACAGUAACUGGCGUGGACCUAUCUGGCUCUGUGUCAAUUUCCUGCUCGUCGAGUCUCUCCUGCGCUUCUACAUGUUCUAUGGCGACUCGUUCCAGGUCGAGUGUCCAACUGGCUCGGGUGAUUACAUGCACCUUGGCCACGUCGCCGAGGAACUGCAACACCGUAUGCAGCAUCUCUUCGCCCGCAACGAUGAAGGUCGUCGUGCUAUCAACGGCCAAUCUGAUCUGCUCGACUUUGACGAGCACUGGAAGGAUUACCUAUGGUUCAACGAGUUCUUCGAUGGCGAUACCGGCCGUGGUCUGGGAACUUCCCACCAAUGUGGCUGGACAGGCCUGAUUGCCAAGGUCAUCCAUGACACAGGUCUCAACUGCCGCCUCCCACAAACUCCCCGCUCCCCCUUUGCCGCAGCAUCACACUACUUCGAUGACAUGUUCACCCGCUCCGGUCGGCGCCGCAGCCAAGGGCGCCCCGUCAUCCGACGCUCAUCCACGAACCGGUCCAUCGGCAACAGAAGUGACUUCAACUCCACGAUCGCCGGCGACGCAACCCCAGCAGCUUCGGCCGUCCUCGACGACGAGGAUAGCAGCAGACCGGUCAGUCGGCGGGAUAGUAGCUCUGCGUUCCCUCAGAACGGCGAUAGCGACGAGCAUUUGCACAAUUAUGUUGAGAGUCAGUUGCAGCGGGUUCGGAGCUCGGCGUCUAUUGUGGAGGGGUAUGAGGAUGAGCUUGAGACUCAGGCGGAGAAGCAGAAUGGUCAUUGA